AACUUAUAAAGUGGGUCAGUUAUCAAGUUGUACACAUAUAACUAUUGUACUUUGAUUUCGCCUCCCCUUUAUCUUGCAGUAACAAAAGGACUAUAGAUCAAAUUAUAAAGGACACAUAAUUUAUUAUAAAAACGGUAUGAACAUGGAAGUAUCCGGAAGAAAAGUGUUUAAUGAUGGUAAUAAUUUCCUUUGUAAGCCUUGUGAAGAAAGUGAAGUAUCUACGCGUGCUGAUGGUUUGUGUAGGGAGUGCGGGGAGCAUAUGUGUAAACCUUGUUUUGAUACACAUAAAAAAUAUAAGCUAAAUCGCGGACAUACAUUGUCCAACUCUGACGAGACAGUUGCAGAAACAGAAAAGGCCGAAGAUUUAGAGAAAUGCGAGCAGCACUUCAGUGAGCUGAUAAAGUUUUAUUGUCCAGAACACGAGAAAGUUGGAUGUGGUGACUGUAUGAUUCUUGAACACAAAACCUGCAAAGUCGAGUAUAUUCGUGACAAGGCGAGAGUGUUAAAAAGCAGCCAGGAGUUCAAAACUCUUGUCCAAGGAGCCGAGAAGUAUCUCUGUGAAGCAAAAGAUAUUUCAUCCUCUAUUAAGCAAAACAAGAAACAAGCUCUAGAUAUCAAUAAGAAGUUCCACAAGAAUGUAAACAUGUUCAAAGAAGAAUUGAUUUCACAUGUCAAUAAACUGUCAAAUGCCAUAUUAAAGCAAGGAGAAAAAAUUAAGGUGAAUGACGUGAAGAAUAUGGAUGUGUUAGAAAAGGAAAAUGAAGACUUGAUAAUUGAAAUAUCGCGCUUGACUGAAGUGUUUGAGUCACAGAUUGACCAACCUCAAAAACUCUUUGUAAGUUCAGUUUUACAAAAACCUAAACUGAAUCAACUUCGAGAACAACUCGACAGUAUACAAGACAGAAACAAGAUUGAAAGUUACGAGUUUCAACGUAAUAAUAACCUAGAGCGUUCCGUUAAAGAUAGUAAACAAAUUGGAAGUGUACACAGAAUUAAGCCGAGGAAUGAAACGGAUGUAAAAGAAGAAAUCAAACCAAAAGAAAGAACCCCUCUGCCUCAAGUCCCUGUGCCCAGGAAACCCCAGCCCUUUCUGGACAGACAACUGAUCUGCAGAAACAUUGCUGUUGAUGGUGAAUAUCUCAGUUACGCGGAUAAUGGAAGUGGUGAUGUUGGGCUGUUUGUGGACAAGGACUGGACAAUACUUUGAAGUAGAGAUAUUAAGCUUGGGCCAACGUGGUACUAUUGCUAUAGGUGUAGUACCACGUGAUUAUCCAGAAAAUCAUCAGCCCGGAUGGGGAGAAUAUUCUAUAGGAUAUCAUGCAGACGACGGCUUGU